UAGAGUAAGGGCGAACGAUUUCCUAAGUCGUCUCGUCUCGAUACGAUUUGCAUCUUUGCCAUUAUCUACAGAGACGUUGGCCUAACUGGAUUUAUUUAUUUGGUUUUUUUUUCUGGCUCAUUCCUGUUCUUCUACCACUUAGAGCAGUUGAAUGAUUUGUUUGAUUUGGGGCAUGGUUGGUAAGGAAGGCUGUGCCUAUGGCCUCCUCAGCACCACCUGCAGGUCCAGCUAAUUCUGGUGGUGGUGAUCAGCAAUCAAGCCACUUACCCAGCAGCUCAGACUCACCAGUGUCAUCCCCACAGACUGACACUACUUUAGUUUCUAGACUGAGCUAUAGCGCCCCUGUCAAAAAUAGUGAGGGCUCCGAGGGUCCUAUAUCUUCCAGAUUGAGACGUCUACCAGGAAGAUACCUUUCGACAUCUCAUUUACCAGUUGCCACACCACCUACACCCUUGGAUUCCAGAAGGAACUUGAGUGGUACUCACAAGCACCAGAGACAAAGUCUACCUCUACCAGCUAGUGCUGACUUGGAAAGGAAUCACGCGAAGACGCCUUAUGAGCGGAGAAGUCCCAGUGUUCCCACUCCACGGUCUGUCUCGCAUCAACCUCCAACACCAGCAGCCACACCAGUGUCGCCAGCAGUUCUCAGUCCAACGGCAAUAGAUAGCUGUUCGGCUGGAAAUAGUGGUGUUAUACCGCCAAUAAGGCAACGCAAACGGACGAGAACUAACGAAUUGGUGGAAGCGGGACCUUCCUCUUCCGUAGUAGGAUCUACAACUCCGUCUACUAGUCGAACCCGUUACUGUCAGCCGGCCGUUAACGGUGGUAACGGUAACCUCCAUCGCAGUCCGACCAAGAAGGUUAGGCUGCAAACGGGCAAAGAAGCUUUCCAAUCAGCCAUAUCACCACCACAACAGCUUCAUUCACGAGCAAACAUAGGGGCUGGACACAGUCAUUGUUUGGGAGGGUCGACGUCGGCGGGCGUUGCAGGCGGAGGCGCUGAGGUCACUGCCGCAGAAGGAGAACAGCAACAGCGCUUGUCCCAAUUACGUCACCCGAGACAACCGGCCAACACGGGGUCCUGCGCCAGCAACAGCCGGCGAGCCUCGAGGUCCGGCAAAGUGCCACUCAGUAGCAGCGGCAGUGGAGCCAGCGGAGUGGGCGGCGGCGGCGGUGAUAGCAGCGGAAUCCCGGGUGUCGGCGGCGUCGGCGCACCUACUGCGUCGGCCGCCAACAACACCGGAGCAGUUACAGGAUCAGCCGGAUUGCUUGGAGUAGGUGUUGGCGCUGUAAUGGAUGGCGGAACUCAUAGUGGAUCGUCAUCGGCUAGUGGUUCGCAUACUCCGGCCUCGUCUUCUUCCUCGGCACCUGCGCCAGUUGGUGGAGCCAAUGCCGUUCCUUCUGACGGAGCUUCCGGCCUGUUGAACUUACCACCAGGUCACGCUGCUAAUCUUCUGCUAGGAGCAGGGGCAACCACUGGAACUGGCGAUUCGGAAAGUGACGACAGCGAAAUGGGACGACUCCAGGCGUUGCUGGAAGCUCGCGGGCUUCCGCCGCAUCUGUUUGGCGCCUUGGCGCCUCGAAUGCAGCACAUACUUCAUCGUUCCAUGGGAUCCAAUUCAACUAUCUCCAAAGCUCAACAGCUGAUUGCCGCCGUGCAAAACAACGCGGACGAGAGCCAGCAGCUGCAGGCGGCCAUCGAAAUGUGCCAGCUGCUGGUGAUGGGCAACGAGGACACAUUGGCCGGAUUUCCCGUCCGCCAAGCGGUUCCCGCUCUUAUCCACUUGCUCCACAUGGAACACAAUUUCGAUAUGAUGAAUCACGCCUGCCGGGCAUUGACUUACAUGAUGGAGGCACUUCCACGCUCCUCGGCCGUCGUCGUCGAAGCCGUUCCGGCCUUCCUCGAAAAACUGCAAGUCAUCCAGUGCAUGGACGUGGCCGAGCAAAGUCUGACGGCCCUGGAGAUGCUCUCGCGCCGCCACGCCAAGUCGAUUUUGCAAGCCCGUGGCGUUUCCGCGUGCCUGAUGUACCUGGAUUUCUUUGGCAUUAAUGCCCAGCGAGCUGCCCUGUCCAUCACAGCUAACUGUUGCCAAAACCUUCACGCGGACGAGUUGCAUUUUGUGUCGGGAUCUUUGUCCGCCCUCGCCGCCCGGCUGACGCAGCACGACAAGAAGAGCGUCGAGAGCAUCUGCAUCGCCUUCAGUCGACUCGUCGACAGUUUCCACAGCGAAUCGGACCGUCUCCAGGAGAUCGCCAGCACCGAGCUACUCGCCAAUUUGCAACAGUUACUGGUCAUCAUGCCGCCCGUCCUUUCCAGCGCCACGUUCAUCAUGGUUGUGCGAAUGCUCUCCAUCAUGUGCGCCCACUGCCCGGAAUUGGCCGUUAAGCUCCUCAAGCAGAACAUUGCACACACAUUGUGCCUGCUGCUGACUGGACCUGCGGGCGCGGUUGCUAGUGGCACCUCGUCUUCCACCGCUGAAACUAUGGCCGCUUCUUCGUCGCCAGCCAAAGAACAGGAUCAUGCGGUGGAACUGGUGGCUCGCAGUCCGCAAGAAUUGUACGAGAUAACGUCGUUGAUAGGUGAAUUGAUGCCCCGUCUGCCGACCGAUGGCUUCUUCGCCGUGGAUAUUUGGCUGACCAAACCCAGUACUGUCCAUUACGAUGCGGUCCAAUGGCAAUGGCGUGAUGACCGCGGUUCGUGGCACGCCUAUUCGGCCAUUGAUUCACGGAUGGUCGAAGCCGCACAUCAAUCCGGAGAGGAUGAGAUUAGUCUUUCCACCAUGGGCAGGACGUACACAUUGGAUUUUCAUUCUAUGCAGCAGAUCAACGAAGAGACGGGCACGACGAGACCCGUCCAGCGCAAAAUGAACAACGCCAGCGGUUCGAGCGGCCUGGGCGGUGGUGUCGGCGGUGUCGGCGGAGUGAAACAGAGCGAUUCUCGGAUCGAAUGUCUGCAGGAGGAGACGGAAUUGGCCACGCAGUUUAUCCGCUCUCUCUUUUCACUGCUCUACGAAGUGUAUAGCAGCUCGGCUGGACCGGCUGUCCGUCACAAGUGCCUGCGCGCCUUAUUGCGGAUGCUCUAUUAUGCCUCGCCCGAACUGCUCCGCGACGUUCUCAAAAGCCAGAGUGUGGCCAGUCACUUGGCCGGUAUGCUUUCAUCUCAGGAUCUCAAGAUCGUCGUCGGCGCCACUCAGAUGGCCCACAUUCUCAUGCAAAAGCUGCCCGAUGUCUUUGGCGUCCAUUUCAGACGAGAGGGCGUCAUGCACCAAGUCCAGCGGUUGGUGGCCGAACCUGCCGAAUCGCCUUCAUCCGCCGUAACGACGCCCGCCUCCAUCCUCGCUACCCCAUUUGAGCAAAAUGACAUUUUGAACCGAUCGCCCACGUAUUCUUCGUCUACAACAGACCAAUGCCCGUUGGGAAAUGGUUCCAGCGGCUCGAGUGGGGCUCCGCUUGUUGCUAGCAGCCCCGAACGUGCUGUAGCCGUCGGCACGAGUGCGCCGACUCAUUCGGAGGUUGGCGAAUCGCCAGUGACAUUAACGAAUCCCAUUACGGCCGUCUCUGCCGUGGCGUCGAGUCCGAUGAAACUGAGCGACGUUUUGAAAAGGAAACGAGGAGGGGCCAAGCGCGGUGCUGUCGGUGCCCGUAAAUCGAGAACAUUCGCGGAAGAGUCGUCUUCUCCGGCCGGCUCGUCCGGCUGCAGUAUGGACGGACACGACUAUUUGAAAAGCGGUGCUAGUGCCAGCAGCAGUGCCGGAAGCACUGGAGGCGCUCGAUCCAAGUUUGGCUUCGCCAUGGCCGCUCACGGCAGUGGUGGCGCCAGUAAUAAUGGGACACCUACAUCGGCCAUCAGCGGAAGCGCUGCCAAAGCGACAAGCUUCCUGGCCAACUUGAAUCCGGCCCGUUGGGGACGUUCUCAUCAUAAUAAUCAGUCAUCGAGCACGGGCAAUUCGGCCACGUCCAGUGCCGCUUGUACCUCUUCGUCUCCCAGCCUGUUGCCGAACGUGCCCAAAUCGCUGAGCAAUCCGCAAUUGGCCGGAAAUCGAGAAAAGAUCAAGACGUGGAUACGUGAUCAAGCCACUCUCUUCCUAUCAACUUAUUUCAGCCCGGCUGCAAUGGAGGCUGGCGAGUCGGGCAAUGGUCAGUCCGGUGAAGGAUCGGGUGCGCACGCUACUGGUCUCAGUGUCUUGUCGGAGUUGACACGUCUAGUUCAACGACUCGAAGCCGAACCGCUAAUGGCCAAAGAGACUCUGGAGCAGAUCCGUGCGAUCGUGGCAGAUUCGGAUGUGUCCUCGUUUGAAAUUCUUCAUAGCGGAUUGGUCCAGUCUCUUCUCAAAUACCUCACUGUGGAUGGCGCUGAUCGCGACGAUCGAUUGCGGCUCUUCCUUCAGGAAUUUCUUCGUGUGUCACCAAACAGCGAAUUCCCUACGUCAGAGGCGGCAGCUCAUCUAUUGGCGUUGACGCACAAAUUGAGCGGCUGUGUCAACCAGCUGGAACAAUUUCCCGUUAGGGUUCACGACUUGCCCGCUCCAGCCGGUACAUCUGGCGCCUCAGGUGGUUACUUCCGGUCGGGAACGUCUGCCCUGCGCUUCUUCAACACGCAUCAGCUCAAGUGCAAUCUGCAACGGCAUCCGACGUGCAACAACGUCAAACAGUGGAAGGGCGGCACUGUCAAGAUUGACCCGCUGGCCCUGGUGCAAGCCAUCGAGAAAUACCUGGUCAUCAGGGGCUACGGCCGCAUUCGCGACAAGGAUCUGGCCGACAGCGACGAUGACAACAGCGAAGACGACGUCGACGACAGCUUGGCCACCGUUUUGAUGAAUCAGGGCAACAGCGUCCGUCACAAGCUACAGUUUCUGGUCAACGAUCACGUGAUCCCUUACAACAUGACGGUCUACCAGGCCAUCCGGCAAUUCAGUAUGGAUCAGUCGGAGACGGACACGGAUUCUGAAACGCCAAUGGGUCAUGCGUCCAUUUGGGUACAGACGCACACCAUCUUUUACAGACCGGUUCCCGAUAACGACCCUUGUAACUACGCCAGCCCCAACGCGGCCAAGAACACGGGCGGACCGAACGUUUUGUUGCCGUGCGGAUCUUCCGGCGGCGCGUCAGGAACCCGCAAGGGAAAAGGCGCCAACGGCAAGAGCUCUAGCAAGAAGAAGGGCGACGACCUCUGGAUCGAUGGGAUUGCUCCCGAAGUGAAUUCCCCCAUAGUGCCAUUUUUGACGAUGCGAUUGCCAGAGUACGUGACGGUCGAAGACCCGUCGUUGGAGGUACUCAACCUGUUGCGCAUCGUUCACGCCCUCAAUCGUCAUUGGGGAUUCCUCUAUCAACUGGUCGACUACAAGCCCAUUCUGUCGGUUCACGAGCUUGUCAACUCUAAACUUACCGCCAAAGCCAACCGUCAACUGCAGGACCCACUAGUGAUAAUGACGGGCAACUUGCCACCGUGGCUGGCACAAAUCGCUACGGCAUGUCCGUUUCUGUUUCCUUUCGAAACUCGACACCUGCUCUUCUAUGCCACGGCAUUCGACCGUGACCGGGCGCUCCAGCGGUUGAUGGACUCUGCGCCUGAAUUGAUGAGUGGCGGCGAUAGCAGCGAGCGCGUCACGCCCCGACUCGACCGGCGGAAACGCACAGUGUCGCGUGAAGACAUCCUCAAACAAGCUGAACAAGUCAUGCAGGACAUGGCUUCUUCAAGAGCCCUUUUGGAAAUUCAAUACGAAAACGAGGUCGGAACUGGACUUGGACCGACUCUCGAGUUCUACGCCCUCGUCUCGCGGGAAUUGCAGCGCUUCGACCUGGAACUGUGGCGCGGAGAGGCCGUUUCGGCUACCGUAGUCGCCGGCGGUGGAUCACUUGGAUCGUCACCUUCUUCUUCGUCGUCGGAAGAGCCAUCCAAAACAAAAACAGGCCCCGUUUCUACUGUCGGGUCCAUCGGGACGUCAGUUGAUUACGUCCACAAUCAAUAUGGCCUCUUUCCGUCGCCCUGCUCGCGCAGUCUCAAGGCCGGCCCGUUGGCCAAAAUUCGCUCGAAAUUUCGUUUUAUUGGAAAAUUUAUAGCGAAAGCGAUCAUGGAUUCCAGGAUGUUGGAUUUGCCCUUUAGCCCCGUGUUUUUCCGCUGGCUGCUUGGCCAAGAAAGAUUCUUGACAGCAUCAGACAUGGUUUUGUUGGAUCCCAUUUUGGCGAAAACGUACAAGUCAUUGAUGGCUCUAGUGGAAGAGAAAAAACGUAUCGAUCAGGACUCAACUCUCACGCCACCCCAACGACAGGCAGCACUCCAGGCGCUCAAUCUUGACGGCUGUCCCGUUGUCGAUCUCGGCCUGGAUUUCACGCUCCCUGGUUCGUCCACUAUCGAGUUACGUAAAGGCGGAAAGGAUCAACCCGUAACUAUCCACAAUUUGGAACAAUACCUCAAGUUGCUGUCACACUGGAUCCUUGUCGAAGGUGUCUCGCGGCAAAUGGAAUCCUUGCGCGAAGGAUUCGAAUCCGUCUUUCCGUUGCACCAUCUUUCCCUCUUUUAUCCGGAAGAGAUGGAUCUUCUUCUCUGUGGAGCUUCUCAGUGUACGACUGAAGGUGCUUGGGAGGUGCAAAGUUUGCUGGAUGCCUGGAAACCGGAUCACGGAUUCACUUUGGAAUCGAAAGCGAUCCGAAAUUUGGCCGAGAUCCUCUCGACGUACAGCAAAGAAGAGCAGAGGCUUUUCCUACAAUUUGUCUCAGGAUCCCCUCGUCUGCCUGUCGGAGGUUUCAAGAGUUUGUCUCCUCCGUUGACGGUGGUGCGGAAAACGCUAGAACCCAACCAGAGCCCGGACGAUUUCCUUCCGUCGGUGAUGACGUGCGUCAACUAUCUCAAAUUGCCCGAUUACAGCACUCUUGAGAUUAUGCGUCAGAAAAUGUCUGUCGCCGUCCGCGAGGGCCAGCACUCGUUUCAUCUUUCGUAAAACGGCAACAUUUUCUUUCAGAAAGACAGUGGAGACGGCCAAAUCCCCCCACCCCCCCUAAUCUACAAUUAGUACAUAUAAUUCUUUUCUUUUUUUUUUCCCUGUUUUUCCUUGUCUGUUUUUCUUUGUUUUUUUUUCUUUUAAUUAUUAUUAUUAAUUUCUUUUUUUUUUUUGUUUUUGUUUUUUUCCGCCCUUGAUUUUUGUAUCAGGCGUGUCAUCAAACCAACGAUCAUUUGUAUCGCUGUUCAUCUGUUUGCGCUUUUCCUUCGUUUACCCUGACAAAAAAAAACAAACAUUGUUCCUGCUGGACAGCCUCCUGUGCCCUCCAGUCUCUUCCCAUCCCUCCUCUACUCGUCUUGCACCGUCUUAUAGGUUGAAAGAGAUAAUUGAGAAACAAUAAGCGAUGUGUGAAUGCAUAUUGUGUGUGUGUGUGUGUGUUGAAUGAAAGAGCGCCUAAUGUGUGACUGUUAGCAAAAUGCAUCCAUGUGUAACACUAGAUGUAAGGCGCUGUGUCCCUUUUUCUUCCUGCUGAUUCAUUCUUUUUGCGAAAAAUGCUUCUAUUUGUUUGUUAAGUCGCCCAUUCCUUUUUCCUCUUUAUCCCUUCGACAGUCAAGGUGGCAAAAAAAAAGUAAACAAGAAGUGAAACAGUUUCCGGUAAGUUGCCGUGCGCCUUGGUGUCAGAACCGUGAAGAUAAAUAACAGUAAACAGGAGCUCUAAUCCUUUCCAACAAGUAACAGGCCUCCCCCCCCCCCCCCUUCGUUAAUAAUAGGCCACCGUUAUUUGAUUUGUGUCACAAAAACUUCGGAAAGGAAAAACAUGAUUGGAAUGAAGAAAAGGAGAAGAGCCCAUCAACUGUUGUGACAUCUGAAAAAGGAACGUGUAGUUCUCGAAGUUGAGUUGGUUUCUUACCUUUUGUUUUCUGUAUGCUUCAUAGCAGAAAACUGAUCCUUUCACGUCUUUUUCGAUGCAAACGGUUUACUUGCUGAUUUGCUUCACAGCAAAUUCAUCUAACCCUAGUACAUGCCCUUUUCUCCUUGAUUGCAGAUUACUUUCCUAAAUUCUCUGUCCAAAGACUUUGCUUAUCCUUCUUUUUUUCAUUUCUUUUUUUCCCCUUUUCCGCUGUUUACCUUUGUUUUUUUUCUAUUGAUAAAUAUUUUCGUGUUUUUUGGCGUAUGGCGUAGUUUAAAAUACACUUUUGAACAUCA